GCCCAACACACGAGGUGCCCAACACACGAGGUGCCCAACACACGAGGUGCCCAACACACGAGGUGCCCAACACAUGAGGUGCCCAAUGUUGGCAUUGGUUCGCCAACCACUAGGGCGACCUAGGGGUGGCGAGCAGAAUCGUGGGAGGAAUUUCAGGCGGUGGGAACGGAAGAAAAGUCAAUUGAAAAAAUAGCGGUGAUUGAGGAAUAUUGGUGGGAAUUCGGAAGAAGUGACGGUGCGACUGUGCGACGGUGGUGCACCAAGGAAGAACGGUGGAAAUAGGAUGACGGGAGAUGAAGAAGAAGAAGGGGAAGGAGUGGGAAGGAAGGUGUGAAGAACAUGUGUUGUGGAGUUACAGGAGGAGUUGUGGAAGAAAAUGGGAUUUUGGACGGUGUGCGUUCAGUGGCACCGAACUUGGGGUCGGUGUCGGUGUUGAAACACGCGGACCGCGUUCCGAUGUGAUUGCGUGUGCGACCUGAAACGAAACGAGGCGCGCUCGUUAGUCAAAGCGCCCUUGGUGGUUACGAGCCGCGAAUUGGCAUUCUGGUUGACUAUAAAAGUGUUUAUCUGUUUGUUAUUUAAAAAUAAAGUUGAGUUCUGAAACUUGCAGUACAUAAUCACGACUUCUAGCAAACGUGAGGAUAACGUUGGAAUCGUGUCGACGAGGAGAUUAUCAUAGAGCCCAGUGCUUCUAUAUAAUCCUAGUGCAAGGAGCCCUUGCAAGGCGAAAUCACAUCGGCCGGAGGCGAUGGGCGAGUUGGCGUGUCGGAGUCCGAGCGCUCAGUGCGACUGCGUUUUGUAGCCGUAGGCGAGGAGUCCUUGCUACGAGCUAACGGUAGGACGUUGGCAUCAGUCACGAGCAAGGUUGGCUUGCUGUGAGCACGUUUGACAUUUCGUUGCCUGGGAGCUGUAGUUUCGCGCGGAAGCUAUAGCCGACUCAGACCCAACACAAGGUGCCCAACACACGAGGUGCCCGACACACAAGGUUCCCGACACACGUAGUCGCUUGUGAGGCACUCAAUCGAGCCAACAGCUAGUCAGCCACGCACGUCAAGGCAGGCGGGUGGAACGGCGCUUAUCAGUGGGUGAUUUGAAGAAGCAGGGGCUAAAAUCUUUGAGGGAAGGGUAAAAGCUAGAGUUUGGAAGGGUAAAGGUGGCACCAUGGCUCCGUGGCACCAUUGCGAUCAAGCAGUGAAAAUGCUCCAAGGUCAAUCAAUGCUUGCUCAUCGGCCCGCAUCAUCCUUCAACCAGUCAUGCUGCUUGCAAAAGUAUGCCAUGGCACAAGCACCGUGCUGCCCCCCCCCCCCUUCCCCUCUGUCCAACACCCUCCACACCCACUUUUUGAUUGUCCACUCAGAUCACACUCUGAGUUGCUGCAGGUGGGGGAUGGGGACAUGUAUAAGUAGGGAGCACCAAGUGCACUGCUCACGAGUUCAGGUGUCCAAUCUCUUUCCCCAAACCCUCCACUCCGCCCCCCUUCCCCCACACUUGAACCUCCCCCUCACAGACCCCGACAUGCUGCAGGUGGGGAAUGGAAUCAUGUGAAACUGGGGAGUACCGACCGAGUGCACUGCUCAAGAGCUCAGGUGUCCAAUCUCUUUCCCCGAACCCUCCACUCUGCAAACCUUCACCCCCACACACUUGACCCUCCCCCUCACAGACCCCAACAUGCUGCAGGUGGGGAAUGGGGGACAUAUGAAAACGGGGAGUGUCGAGUGCACUACUCAAGAGCUCAGGUGUCCAAUCUCUUUCCCCGAACUCUUGUCUCCUGAUAACCGCCCCCCUCGCAGACCCCGACAUGCUGCAGGUGGGGAAUGGCGGCAUGAGAGAGUCGGAGUACCGCGUGCACUUCAGCCUCUGGGCCAUCAUGAAGGCGCCUCUCUUGAUUGGCUGCGACCUCUCUCGUGUAUCAAAUGCGACACUGCGCAUUCUGGGGAAUGAUGAAGUCAUUGCUGUUAACCAAGACCGGCUGGGAGUGCAGGCAAGGAAGGUGCAAGUCUCUGAGGACAGCCUCAUAGAGGUUUGGUCCGGACCUCUGUCUGAGGGUCGGUGGGUGGUAGCCCUGGUGAAUCGCAGCCCAAUAAGCGCGAAGGUGACUGCCCGCUGGAAAGCGAUUGGCCUGAAUCCGGUGCAGUAUGCACGCGACCUUUGGAAGAAGGCAACCAUGGACAAGGUCAUCUCAGGGGCGCUGAGUGCUCGAGUUCCAAGUCACGAUGUGAGGCUGUUCCUCGUCUGGCCCGCCACUGAGACUCUGUAAGAGUGGCUGUGUCUCCACCCUGCUAUGUGUCCCUCUUGUGCAGAAGGCAACCAUGGACAAGGUCAUCUCAGGGGAACUGAGCAUUCGAGUUCCAAGCCACGAUGUGAGGCUGUUCCUCAUCUGGCCCGCCACGGAGACUUCGUCCAGCUGACCUUACAGACCAGUCCAACAAUGGCACGUGCAUCAGCAAUAAGCCUUGGGAGAUGUAAAGGUCUGGAUACAUUUUUAAUUAUGACAUUGAAAUGCACUUGGUGGAGAUCAUGUCGUACCAUACCAUACUCUCUACUGGUCGCAUCGUUGUUUUUGUCCAACAUAACAGCUUGCCUGUUGCAUGAACCUAAGCUGUGGGAAGGAGUGAUAAUGAAAUUUGCACCAGCGAGUUAUUUGCGAUAGCACAUGGAUGUAUAUACACGUGAGAGCAAAUCCU